GAUAACAACGUUUCUCCUUAAACCUCCACACUUCUUCUCCGUUUACCCCUACAAAAUCCGCCGCCGCCGUCAUUCUCCGACGCGGCAAAGCUUAUCACCAAUUCCCUCCCUCCCCCAAUUUCACUACCCCGUCAAUUUCACCUCUAAUUGCUCGAUUAAUUUAACAGUGAUGCUGAAGCUCAGAAUCCCAAGGCAAUCCAGAUCCCUAAUUCACCCUCCUCCCUCACCCGCCCCAGCCACGGCGGCGGCUCUAUCCUCCGCCGCGGAGCCUCCUAUUCCGAUUCCCUCAUUUUCCAGCACGAAUCGAUCCGUCGCGGAGCCGCAGCAAUCCGACCUCGCCCAUUACUUCAGAGAAUGGUUCAUGUCCCGAAAAAUCCCCCUUUACGAUCGCAUCUUGGAAGCCCUACACGCGGAGGACGCCGACCUCUCCCGCUUCAACCUCCGCCUCUCGGAGGAAUUAGUCCUCGACGUUUUGAGAUACAACACCAAGGAUGUCCUCUCCUGCUUGAAGUUCUUCGAUUGGGCGGGGCGGCAGCCGGGUUUCUUCCACACGAGAGCGACGUUCUGCUCCAUUUUCCGAGUUAUUUCGAAGGCGAAGCUGACGAAUUUGAUGCUGGAUUUUUUGCAGGGAUAUGAGAAGUAUCCGCAUAAUGGUAAGCAAUUGUAUCAUACUAUAUUGGUGAUUGGUUAUUCGUUAGCGGGGCGGUGUGAGACUGCGUUGGCUGUGUUUGGUAAGAUGCGGUUUUUGGGGCAUGAUUUGGAUCGUGUGGGGUAUAAUGUGCUGCUGAAUGCCCUCGUUGAUGGAGGUCAUUAUGAUUUUGUGGAGAGUUUGGUGUUGGAGAUCAAGAAACGGGGGUGUGUGGACAGCUCCACGCAUACGGUUAUGGUGAAGAAUUACUGUAAGCAGAAUCAGUUGGAUCAGGCGGAGGAGUAUCUGCGCGGUGUGAUGAAGGCAGAUGAUAAGGUGAAAUUGAAUCGGUAUGCGUUGUCUGCCUUUCUAUCUGCAUUGUGUAGGAACAGGGAGUUUGAGAGGGCUUUUGUGUUGAUGGAGGAGUUCAAAAUGAUGGGAAUUAAUGUGAUGGGGCAUGUGUAUGGUGCGUGGAUCAGCGAGCUUGUUAAGGUUGGGAAGAUGGAUGAUGCAUUGCAGUUUUUCAAGGAUAAGCGUGCGGUUGAUGAUUAUGUACCGGAUGUUUUUCAUUUCAAUAUACUGAUUUAUAGGCUUUUGAAGGAGGAUAGGCUUGAAGAUGUGUAUGAUUUGUUGGUGGAGAUGACCAAAAGGGGGGUGGUACCUAAUGAUGUCACAAUGAAUGGUGUCUUAUGCUUUCUAUGUAAAGUAGGAAUGGUGGACGUUGCAAUGGGGUUGUAUAACUCAAAGGAGCAGAUUGGCCUCUCUGUCAAUCGCAUGGCUUAUAAUUAUCUAAUAUUUUCUCUGUUGGGGGAAGGUAAUGUCACCGAAUCAUAUAGUGUGUUGCAAAACUCCUUGGAGCAGGGUUAUUUCCCUGGUGAGAGGACCUUGUCCAUCGUUGCUGAUGCCCUCUGCAGAGACGGGAAGCUUGAUAAGGUGAAGGAGUUGGUUACGUUCCUCUUGAAACAAAAACUCGUGCCCAGAACGUUUUCAUACGACAAGUUCAUAUCAGCUUAUUGUAGGGCUAAUAAAGUUGAAGAAGGAUAUGUGUUACACGACAUGCUUACCGGAUUAGGUCAGUCAUCUCGGAGGUUUGGUUACCAUAGCAUGAUUGAGGGAUUUUCGAGGUCAGAUAGAGGAGAUAUAGCGGCUAGGUUACUCAUUGAGAUGCAAGAAAGCCAUUAUCGCGCAACCCGGAAAUUGUAUAUCCGAGUCAUUAAGAGCCUAUUAAAAAUGGAUAACCCAGACACUCGAUUCUUUCAAUUUCUUGAAACGCAGCUGGCUAGUGGACUUUGUGACCCCUCUGUCACUUACGCGAACUUCAUUGAUGGGGCUGCACAUGCAGAUAGGCCUGACCUGGCUCUGAAAAUAUAUGAGGAGAUGCAAAAAUAUGAUCUUCAACUGAAUUUUAGAGGUAGCAUCAGAUUAUUGCAGUGUUGUUUGAAAAACGAAAAAUUACCCAAUGCUUUGUUUCUGUUCUGCCAAUUAUCCGUUCAAUGGCAAAGGAGAAAAUUGUGGAAUGCCAUGAUUGUUGGUCUUUGUAGACUUAAACAUGUGGACUAUGCUUCAGAGUUGUUGGUUCAUAUGUAUAAAGCCAGUAUGACUCCAUCUCUCCAAUGUUAUGAGGAACUUAUCAAGAUGAACUGCUAUUUGGGGAAUUAUAGUGAUGCUAUAGAUCUUCUUGAUGAUAUGACGAGAAUUGGUCGUCAAGUUUCAUCCUUUAUCGGCAAUGUAUUUUUGCUUCAUGCUUUGAAAAGUAGGUCAUUAUAUGAGGCUUGGGUUUCUUUAAGUGAGACAAAAAAGCUCACAAAUACAAGUUGGAUGCUGGGUCACCUGGUUGGCAUAUUUUCUGAUAGUAUUGGAGGAUAUUAUUUGGAGGAGGACAUCGAAACACUAAUCGAGCAGUGCUUCGAAACUGAUCUCUACACCUAUAAUAUGAUGUUAAAAAAAUUUAUCAGGAAGGGAAGCAACUCUGCUAGUAGAUUAGUCCAUCGGCUGCGCGAAAAAGGAUAUAAACCAAAUAGAUGGACUUAUGAAAUAAUUACCUAUGGUUUAUACAGACAAGGGCGGAAGGAAGAAGCUAACAUGUGGAGGAAUGAGAUGGCCCUAGAAGAAAACCCAGAAACGUUGGACAUGAAUAGAAGAUGAACUUUGUUUGUCACGCAAGGCAUGCCUUAACAGACAGCACCUUCAAUACAGCCAAAUUAGCACAAAUAAGGAACCAGCAAGCUAUUGAGAAGUUCAUCGGAAUGGAGGCUGUGGCUUAUUUUACAGAUCAACAUUCUUGCUAUACACGAAGGGAAAGGCAAAAGGCACAUUCGCAUAAAAAGAGAUGCUCUUGAGUCUGCCAAGGCAUUGCUGUUCCAUGACAAUAGAAGUCUGUGCAGUUGGGUCGAUGGUGGUGGUUGUACUUUUUUCUCGAGAUUGAAGGUGUAAAUGAAGUUUUGAUGCCCGUAGAACAGAAAUUAAAGGCCUAGCCCAGAUUUGUGGCUUGCGUUGUGAGAGCCCUUGCACUCGCAGGAACAUCAUAUCUUGGGGCUAUUAGUGUAUCUUGAGUAAACUGGUGCGGAUGCCUGUUGGGACGUUUUCGGGUUCAAAGUCCUGGGAGGAACCUUGCAUCAGCGAACGGAGAUCAGAAUGAGAACAGCGACAUUCACAUUAGUCAAGUAAAGCAUAUGAAUCAGUUGCAUCUCAGAUUUUUUUACGUACAUCAGUUUUGUUACACCAUUGAUGUAUUGUCUGAGCUUAUCGUAAAUAUUUAUUCAUUAUUUGACCUGUAACAGUUUCUGAAUAAUUUUAUUCCCAAGAACCAUGAAAAUAAGCAUUUUCAGGGGAGAUCAA